AUCUCCACUGCUCACUAGAUGUACGGGUUGAGCAAAUUACCUGACCACUCUGUGCUUCAGUUUUCUCAUCUAGAAAGUGGGGGAAAGGUGUAUUGUAGAAAUUAAAUGACUUAAGGAAUGUGAUGCUCUUAGUGUAAUGCCUAUCACAGGAUAAAUUCUGAUGAUUUCUCCGGGACCUCCAGUAAAGGAACUCAUCACUCAAGAACCAUAGCAGUUUCCAGGCAUGGAUACUGAUGAUGAUCUCGAUGAAGACCAUCUUGCAAGUUAUGAUAUUCAGCUCAGUAUCGAAGAAUCCAUCGAAGCCAGCAAGACCAUAUUUUAUCCCGAUAGAUUUGUACCGCUAAGUGAUCAAAACAGAAAACUUGUCGAGGCCAUAAAACAAGGUCACAUUCUUGAGCUCCAGGAAUAUGUGAAAUUUAAAUAUGCUUUGGAUGAAGCUGAUGAAAAAGGAUGGUUUCCAUUGCAUGAAGCUGUUGUUCAACCCAUUCAACAAAUACUUGAGAUUGUUCUGGAUGCAUCCUAUAAAACACUCUGGGAAUUCAAGACUGGUGAUGGAGAAACGCCCUUGACUUUGGCAGUGAAAGCUGGUCUAGUGGAGAAUGUAAGAACUUUACUAGAAAAGGGAGUAUGGCCCAACACCAAAAAUGACAAAGGAGAGACGCCCCUCCUGAUUGCUGUAAAAAAGGGUUCCUAUGACAUGGUGUCUGCUCUAAUCAAGCACAACAGCAGCCUUGACCAGCCCUGUGUCAAGCGAUGGUCGGCAAUGCAUGAAGCAGCCAAGCAGGGCAGAAAGGACAUCAUAGCUCUGCUGCUGAAACAUGGAGGCAACGUUCACCUGAGAGAUGGAUUUGGAGUCACACCAUUAGGUGUUGCAGCUGAGUAUGGUCACUGUGACGUGUUAGAACAUCUAAUCCACAAAGGUGGUGAUGUGUUGGCUUUGGCAGAUGAUGGCGCGUCUGUGUUGUUCGAGGCAGCAGGAGGUGGCAACCCUGACUGCAUUUCCCUCCUGUUGGAAUAUGGGGGAAGCGGAAAUGUACCCAACAGAGCAGGGCAUCUUCCUAUACACCGAGCUGCCUAUGAGGGGCAUUAUCUCGCACUGAAAUAUCUUAUCCCAGUAACAUCCAAACAUGCAAUUCAGAAAAGUGGGCUAACACCAAUUCAUUCAGCGGCAGAUGGACAAAAUACACAGUGCCUAGAACUGCUCAUUGAAAAUGGUUUUGAUGUCAACACCUUACUUGCUGACCACAUUUCCCAGAGCUACGAUGAUGAGAGGAAGACUGCGCUAUAUUUUGCUGUUUCUAAUAAUGAUAUCCGUUGCACAGAAGUCCUUCUGGCUGCAGGUGCAGACCCAAACCUAGAUCCCCUCAACUGUCUACUUGUGGCAGUGAGGGCCAAUAAUCAUGAAAUUGUACGGCUGCUUCUCUUCCAUGGAGCUAAUGUCAAUUGUUAUUUCAUGCAUGUAAAUGACACUCGUUUCCCCAGUGUCAUUCAGUAUGCCCUAAACGAUGAGGUGAUGCUGAGGCUAUUGCUGAAUAAUGGCUAUCAAGUGGAAAUGUGCUUUGACUGCAUGCAUGGGGACAUCUUUGGAAAUUCAUUCGUGUGGUCAGAGAUAGAGGAGGAGGUAUUGCCAGGAUGGACAUCUUGUGUAAUAAAAGACAACCCGUUCUGUGAGUUCAUUACAGUUCCUUGGAUGAAACACUUGGUGGGCAGUGUUAUUCGAGUAUUAAUAGAUUACAUGGAUUACGUCCCUCUGUGUGUGAAACUGAAGUCGGCACUAGAAGUACAGAAAGAAUGGCCAGAAAUCCGCCAAAUUCUAGAGAAUCCUUGUUCAUUAAAGCAUUUGUGUCGGUUAAAAAUUCGAAGACUUAUGGGGCUCCAGCGACUCUGCCAGCCAGCCUCCAUGGAAAAGCUUCCUCUACCAGCAGCUAUUCAAAGAUACAUAUUAUUUAAAGAGUAUGAUCUCUAUGGACAAGAGCUAAAAUUACUAUAAUUUAAAAAUAAUAUUUUAAAAUAUGACUUUUAAAAUAUUUUUAAAUGUGAUUCCCUCAGAUAAUUUCUUGGAAGCAUUUUACAUCCUUAAGUGUAUUUAAAUCCAUUGACAAUUUUAUUGGUAGAUCAUGUGUUCUUAAAUGAACACCACGUUUUUCAUCUUUAAAGAUCUUUUCAUUUUUUAAGACAGUCAAUAUCUUGUAUUUGAAUUUCUAUUAAUUAUCUUCCCUGGCUAUGGGUCCUCAAACUCUCCCUAUCAAGUGACUCCUACAAUAUCCAUGAUCAAGUCUCUGUUUAAAAAACAAAUAACCACGUUCUCAAAUCUACAUCUCCCUCCAGUCGCUGGCCUGUUUCCCUUCUCUUUUAUAGCCCUACUGCGUAAAAGAGCUCCUUCCUGCCUGCAGAUUCCCACGCCGCUGUAAUCUGGCAUCUGCUCCCUCCCCUGCCCUUCUCAAGGUCCCUAUCAACCUCUGUCACUAAAUUCAAUAAGCAUUCUUUAGUUCCUCUUCCAGCUGAUUACCGCAGCAUCUGACGCUGUCGCCUGCUCUGUCCUUGAAACGGCACCCCUUUCCCUGGUUUUUCACGAUUCCUUCUCUUGGCUCUCCUCCCACUGCCCUGGCCGCUCUGUCUCCGGCUUCUUUCUUUGUUGCUCAUCUCCCAUCAGUCCUUUAGUACUAUAUCUUAAGCUCUCUUCUCUUCUCAUACUAUGUUCUCUGGGUAAUUUCAUUCACUUUCAUGAUCUCAAUCAUUUGUUGGUGACUAUCAAAUUUAUAUCCAAAGCUCAGCUCUUUCUUUCAUGUACUUGAGAUCUCUGUAGACAAUUGGCCUAAUUGACAUUUAAACACAAAGACACCUUAAAUUCAGCAUGUCCCUAAAUGAACUUACUACCUUCCUCUACAAAAAGGCUCUUUCUCUUACAUUUUCUAGCUCACUAGUUAGCACAAUGAUCACGUCAGCCUGGACCACCCCAUUUUCCUCACCCAGUAUAACGAAUCCCUUUUAUCUCCUAAACUCAUCUCACUGAUCUGGCCCUAAGUCUGGCAAUUAUCUCCUUUUUCCUGGGAUAAUACAGCACUGCUUAUCUGGCUUGUGGGCCUGCUGUCUUGCCCUGUCCCACAUACAUCCUACAUAAGCAUUCAGAGCGAUCUUUCACAAAUGUAGGUUGACUUUUACUCCCCUGCUUAAAAAUCAUUCCCGUUGCUCUUAAGAUAAAGUCCAAAGUUCUUACAUGGCCCUUCAUGAUCUAACUCCUGCCUUCCUCUUUAGCUCUUUCUCUUCAGGUCUCCCUUUCCUCCCUUCCUUUUAACCAUAUCAAAUGCCUUCUAGAAGUUUAUUCUUUAAACAGUGAUUCCCAGACUAAAUUUUUAUACACCAGUAAUUUGUGUCUCACUAAUUUUAAAAGUAGGGUUGUCUAUUAAAAAAAUAGUAUCGCCAUUAUUUCUUAAAUGAGGGGUCAUUUUAAUGCCAAAAACUAAGACAAUCAUAAACAGUCAUUAGAAUUGAAUGACAUUAGCUUUGAAAAGAUUUACCACACUGUCUUCAUUUCUCCAUUGAUGGAUGAAAAUUCACGUGGUCCAACCAGGAUCUGAGGACAUUUGAAUGGGAACCACUGCUAUAGAAUCAGCCAUGCUCUGUUGCACCUUAGGGUCUUUGCAUUUCCUUCUCCCUCUACCUUGAAACUUUUUUACACCUCCUUCUGCCCCUCUUUACCUGAUUAACUUGCCUCACCCUACAGGUCUCAGGAAAGAUGUCACUUCUUCUAGGGCAGGAGGCCCCAGCACAGAACCUCUCAUGCUGUAUCAUCGGUACCUGUGUUCCCCACU